AUAGAAACAAACGGGGAGAUUCUCAACUACACAGUACAAUAUGGAGCGUCGGAGUCGUGCGUUGAAGAUGCUUUUCUCCUUCAAGUUACGACGGACGACAGCAGCACCACUACUAAUAUUGGAGACCUAGACCCGUACACAAACUACGCAUUCCGGGUGCGAGGGUCAAAUAGUGCAGGAGAAGGCAACUUCAGCGACUGUUACAUCACAAGGACGCUGGAAUAUUAUCAACCUGUUUCUGCAAUCGUUGGCGGCAGUGUGGCUGCUGUACUGGUGGCUAUUCUUGUGACAGUAGGGAUAGUGUGUCAUAGGAAAAGGAACGCCCAAGACGACCAGGACCCCUCAGGUCCUCAGAUAGACCUGGCGAUAAUGACGGAAAACGAACCGUCCAUUCAUGAAUCAGCUGAGAGUCCUACAGCAAUUGAGGAGGACAUUUCACCUUAUGAAUCGGCUGUUUACAGCAUCAUAGACCUUGUCACCGUUGACGACGUAGUGGAAUUCCUCAAAGCCAAGGGAUUUGGCCAGUAUGCUGCGGAAUUUAGGCGACACAAAGUAGACGGAGAAGGAGCCAUGUCCCUGACCAGCGAAAUGCUCGGGGAGCUCGUUCCAGAGAUCGGACCGAGGGCAAAACUACAGAAGGCCCUUCAAGAGCUGAAGGACAAUCAGGAGUCCGCUGAGAGCGGCAGACCACACCACCCUGGCUGGGAAAUCCCCCGCUCCAGCCUGAAGCUCGGUAAAAUCCUGGGGAAGGGACAGUUUGGGGAGGUCCGUAUGGGGGAGCUGAGGAAGAGAGGCGUUACCCAGACUGUGGCAGUCAAGACACUGAAAGCAUCUGCAGAGGAAAAGGACAAAGAGGACCUCUUUGGAGAACUGGACAUACUGGUCACAGUUGGUCGUCAUGACAACGUCAUCAGUCUGGUCGGCGCAUGCACGGUAGAAGGCCCGCUGACACUUGUUGUUGAGUUCGCACCCAACGGACGUCUGAAGGACUGGCUGAGAAACAACCGUCCUAAGGAGCUGAAGCAAAAGGACAUCAACAUCGGCACCUCCAGGAUUCUGUUGCCGAUGGAACAACUGAUCACGUUUGGUAUAGACAUAGCAAAUGGGAUGAGUCACCUGGCUGCCAUGCAGUGCGUCCACCGUGACCUUGCCGCCAGGAACGUUCUCCUUGGGAAGGACCUGACGGCCAAGAUAUCAGACUUUGGUCUGUCACGGGAUAUCUACGAGGAGUCUGAGUACGUCAAGAGCACACAGAGCCAGCUUCCCGUCCGAUGGGUGGCAUACGAGUCCCUGUUCUAUCAGGUGUACACCACCCAAAGCGAUGUGUAUGUAUUGUACAUACUUCUUCUUCCAGGUAAACAACCGUACGGCCGGAUGACAGGCAAAGAGCUCAUGAAGCUUCUCCCAAGUGGCUACAGGCUGGAGAAACCCGCUCUGUGUCCCCAAGAUGUGUACGUUUACGAGGUGAUGAAGAGCUGCUGGGAAACUCUUCCUGAGAACAGACCAACUUUUCCAGAGCUGAAGGCAACUCUGGAUCGGAUCAUUCAAGAUCACAAGACAUAUGCAUCAUUGCUGAAUUAGGAAACCACACAUGGGAAGAGCGGGAAAGAGGAAAUUUUUUCUGCCAAGAGGGAAACAUUAUAUUUUCUCAUUUUGUAGAUACAUUAGGACCAGAAUACAACCUUUGUUAAUUAUGUAUCUAGGAAUAUCACGCGUACGGAAUUUAGUUUCACUGAACGAAACCGUACAUU